AUGGGGACGAUGGUGGAAGCCUUCAGACAUGUGGGGACGGUGGCAUGUCUCAGUCCAAAAAAACAGAGAUUUUCAUCAAUAUCUAUCCUUUUUUUUUUUGCAGAUUUACAGAAUUUUGCAGCUGAAAUGUUAGGAAUGGAGGCGGCCCUGUUUGUCCCCACAGGAACCAUGAGUAACCUCAUCGCAGUAAUGGUCCACUGUCCAGAACGGGGCGACGAGAUGAUCGUGGGUGACUUGUCUCAUUUACACAUCUACGAGCAGGGAGGAAGCGCACAGCUGGCUGGAGUCCACACCACCACAGUAACUACACUACCUGACGGAACAUUUGACUUAGAGCAGCUGGAGUCCAGGGUACGCCUGUUUUACCCGAAGCCAGUUUUCUGUCAUACUCGCCUCAUAUGUGUGGAGAACACACACAACAUCCGGGGAGGACGUGUGCUGCCCUUGGAUUUCCUGCAGGAGCUUCGAGCCUUGGCAGACAGACACGGUCUGUCAGUUCACAUGGACGGAGCCAGGUUGAUGAACGCUGCAGUGGCCCAGGGAGUGGCUCCAUCCACCAUCCUGCAGUAUGUGCACACAGUCAGUGUGUCUCUGAAUAAGGGGCUGGGGGCCCCUGUGGGCAACAUCCUGGCAGGACCCAGAGACUUCAUAUCCCGGGCGGUGAGGUGUCGUAAGGCUCUGGGUGGGGUGUUGUGGCAGGUUGGUCCACUGGCAGCGGCAGGAAGACUGGCUUUAGUAAAUAUGAAGAACAGACUGGAAAAGGAUCAUCACAAUGCGAAAACCUUUGCUCAGGCCCUGCUGGACUGUGGCCCUCACCUCUUCACUUUAGACCUGGAAGCUGUGGAGACAAACAUUGUGCGUUUCUACCUUAAACAGAACCACUGGACUCCCUCUGAGUUUUGUGAACGUAUGGCCCAGGUUUGUGAAGGAGAGGAAGCUCAACUGGGACAGAGGAUAAAGGUUAGGAUGAUAGUUCAUGUUGGAAAUGCGGUGAGGGCUGUUUGGUAUCAUGGGAUAUCUGCUGAAGAUACUCAGCUGGUCAUUCAGAAAAUACAAUUUGUUGCAUCUCAAAAGAUGGAAAGUCUAAAGGAAAACCAAGCCCGUUCAGUUGCCUGAAUUUCUCAGGAGGAAGUGAUCUGGGUGACUGA